CUGGAUCCUACCCUUAUAGAACUCCAGACUGUGCUCCACUGAACUUACCUACUGACUACCUCUUUAUCCUCACUUCUCCUUCAGAUGAUGGCAUCAUGUGUGAAGCAACUUUUGAGCUGCAAGAGGUUCUUCAUUUUGGUUUUUACCCCUGUGGUGCUUUUGCCAUUGCCACUCCUCAUUCAAACCAAGGAGGCCAGUUGUGCUUACUCCAUUAUCCUAAUGGCCGUAUUCUGGUGUACAGAGGUUAUACCGCUGGCUGUCACGGCGCUGCUGCCUGUUCUGCUGUUUCCAAUGUUCGGAAUUCUUGAAUCAAAAAAGGUUUGCAUGCAGUACCUGAAAGAUACUAACAUGCUGUUUGUUGGUGGCCUAAUAGUGGCUGUAGCUGUGGAACAGUGGAACCUGCACAAGCGCAUAGCACUCAAGGUUCUGCUCCUUGUUGGUGUGAGGCCACCCUUGCUUAUGUUGGGAUUUAUGGGGGUCACUGCCUUCCUGUCAAUGUGGAUAAGUAACACUGCCACCACCGCCAUGAUGGUCCCGAUAGUUCAGGCUGUCUUGAGCCAGCUCAAUGACACCGACCAUCAUACUUCUGAGUUAGAGAAUUCUGAAGGACGGACCAAUCCCGGAAUGGAACUGGAGGAAAAAAACGCCAUGGCUAUGACUUCUGUACAAGUUAUAAGCAAUGGUCAUAUGCACGAGGCCUCCAUAGACACUACUGAGAGAGAAGAGAAGAAACGCAUUAAUAAAGGAAUGAUGUUGUGCGUGUGCUAUGCAGCAAGUAUCGGAGGCACGGCCACCUUAACAGGAACAGGCCCUAACCUUGUCCUAAAAGGACAAUUCACCCAGAUUUUUCCAGACAACGGAGACAUUCUGAACUUUGCAUCAUGGUUUGGAUUUGCUUUUCCCAAUAUGAUUGUGAUGCUAUUUAUGGCUUGGAUGUGGCUUCAGUUUUCAUUCAUGGGCUUCAACUUAAAGAAGACAUGGGGCUGUGGAGUAAUAAAGUCAGAGAAGGAACAAGCUGCCUAUAACGUAAUCCGUGAAGAACAUCGAAAGCUGGGACCCAUUUCCUACGCAGAGUCAAGCGUCUUACUGCUCUUCACUCUACUGGUCGUGCUUUGGUUUACAAGAGAUCCAGGCUUUGUCAAAGGCUGGGCCACUGUGCUUUUCAAUAAGGAUAAUGUGGAGUAUGUUACAGAUGCCACUGUUGCUGUGUUCGUAGCUGUCCUCCUUUUUAUUCUACCAGCCACCAAACCCAAAUUACACUGUUAUAAGAAAAGUAACAGCUUCGACAUUGAUGAUUUGGAAGAAGAAGAAAAGGAGUCAUUUUUCUCAGUGCCGUUACUGACAUGGAAGGUGGUCCACAAGAAGAUGCCCUGGAGCAUAGUCCUUCUUCUUGGUGGAGGUUUUGCUUUGGCCAAAGGAAGUGAUGCUUCUGGACUGUCUCAUUGGCUGGGACAACAGAUGACACCGCUACACACCAUACCACCUUGGGCCAUUGCAAUCAUCUUGUCGCUGAUGAUCGCUGUCUUCACAGAGUGUGCCAGCAAUGUUGCCACAGCAACUCUCUUCCUCCCUAUACUUGCAUCUAUGGCAAAGUCCAUAGAGGUGAAUCCACUCUACAUCAUGAUUCCCUGCACACUAAGCACUUCCUUUGCGUUCAUGUUACCGGUUGCUACACCUCCGAAUGCCAUUGUGUUCUCGUAUGGUCAUCUUCGGGUUUCAGAUAUGGUAAAGACUGGUAUCAUUAUGAAUAUCAUUGGAAUUAUAUGCACCACAAUAGCUAUCAAUAGUUGGGGUCGUCCAAUGUUUCACCUGGAAAUCUUCCCACCUUGGGCCAACAUCACAGAUGGGCAAUAAAAAUUCAAGGAGCCACAAAGAACAUUCUACCAGAAUCAAGUAUAUGAAGACAAGAUUUUUGAAGGCCUAGAAGUGCAAGAGACAACCACUUAAAGACUUCUGUGAACAAAAGAUUAAGUUUACUCCAAAUUGACAUCUACUGGAUUUUAGCAGUCACUGGGUUCUUCAAGAUUAAUCUGCACACUCUACAGUUUGUGUAUGUGUACAUUGUUGAAAUGUAAAUAGAUUUUUUUGACCAAAAUCUGUCUAU